UAACUUAUUUUAAAAAUUAUUCAUCUAUUUUAAAUUUCAUUGUGAUAUAAGUAAAUCAAAGACAAGUAGGAUAACGUGAACAGAGACAUAAAAAAUAAAUAAAUUGUGUGCACAGAAGGAACAGAGUCCAGAGUCCUCUGGGUAUUUGUAGAGCAGAUUAUUUUAUCUGUUUUGAUAAAACAUUUUAGUUUUUCCACUUCUGCUGUCCAGCUGUAUAAAAGUAAGUUUUGUUACAAAAAUCCCUCUGAUUCCCAUAUAGAGUCUCUGAAUUAAUUGGCCAGUUCUACUCUUACUCUGCUCUCUGUUGGUAUAAUUUCUAAUUGCAGUAAUUAUGCAGGUUUAAUGAUGUCAUCCAACCUCCUCCUUUGGGGCGGAGCUGUGCUGUUAUGCUCCAUGGCUUCGCCCAUCGUAUGUUUCUCCCACGGAGCGAGUCUCACUUCCUGUCAGGAGAUGAUUCCUGGACACAUCCGCGCUCAUCCCCUGGACCCGAAGCACAGCUUCAUCACCUUACACACCUCAUCAUCCUCAUACCUGCCUGGGCAGUUAAUAACAGUGUCUGUACGAAGCUCCAGAGACUUCAUGGGUUUCCUGCUCCAGGCCCGCAGUGUUGGUGGGGAAAGGAAUGGGUUUGGAGAAGGUCCUGGUAUCAGGACAGAGAGACUUGGUCCACUUCUGGUGGGCGGCUCCUGGAUUCGAUCUCCACCAGGUACCCACACCUUACGCUGCCUGUUUGAAGGCGACACGGUCACACACUCGGACAAACAGCUAAAGAGGAACCUGUCGUUUGUGUGGAGAGCUCCUGACAUGCCAGAGGGAGACAUGCGCUUCCACAUAACUGUGGUACAAUCCUACUUCGUGUACUGGACUGGUAUCGAGUCUGCAGUGGUGCGUGAUCGAAGUCCCAGUGCUUGGAGACGCAGUAAAACCAAAAUGGCGGAUGGAGCAAGCACAAUUGUUGCUGUGCAAGAAACAGUUACUACCCAGACAGGUCGGCAUUCUGUGCUCAUUAUUAGCUACAGUUCUUUUGCUAGUCACAGCAGUGAAAACUUCACAUCAGUCACAUCAACAUCUUCCAUUCAUUCCCCUUCUAGCCCAUCUCAGAACGAACCUCAAACAACCCCAAAUCAUCCUGCACCAGCAUCACCUUCCCCAAUCUCCAUACCUCACCAUUUAACCUCUACUAACUACCAAACCACCACUCCGCCAACCUUCUCUACCUCUUCCACCAUUUCUUCCUUCAGUGCCUCCAACUAUCCAACAAUGCCUUCUUUGCCUACUUCAAUCUCCCCAACUUUCUCUUCUUCUACACCCUCUUUCUCAGUUACCUCACCAUCUUUAAGAGUGAGUUUGUCAUCUUUUAUUUCACCCAUCAGCUCCCCUAAACCAGAACCAACAUCAGCGCCUCAUAAAAUCACUCUAGAUCAGAAGUUGGUAACCCAAACCCACCAUGCACCAAACUCUGAGACUCGAUUCACCUCACCGGCACACAGAAAGGUUGUCCAUCCAAACCCCAAACCUUAUCCCAACCUCAGACCAAAUCAUGACCAAGAGAUCAAACCAAACAUUCAAAACACGGAUACCAAACCAAAGCAUCCCUCAGAUCCCGCUGACGCUCCAGACAAAGAAGGAAAGUAUCCGGACAUUGUCCCCAGACACAGUGCCUGGGAGCUGGGCAUGCUGCUGGGCUGCUCGGCCGGGUUGGGCAUGGUGCUGGUGGUCGGGCUGAGGUAUGUCUACCGGCAGGCCUGUGGCAGGCGGACUGAGGUGACGCUGAACGACCGCGAGCGAGAGUACGGGAGACGGGACCAAGGGCUGGUUCACCUCCAGGAGUGUGGCGAUUUGGUCAGAGUUAAAAAAAUCAGAGAGAACAGCUUCGUGUUUCUGGCGGAGUACGAUAUCCUGGCAUCGCCUUCAAACUGAGAGAGAGGCUCAUCAAGACCGACGUUAAACAUCCGAAAGACGGAUCUGGAAGAGGAUUAGGACAACCAAAAAAAUAAAAAAUAACUUUUCACAGAAUUCUGAUAUUAAACUUCUGAGAUCAAAAGUCAUAUUCUGACCAAAAAAAAGU